AUGUCCUAUCUUCGAUUUGCCCACAACGCUUGGGCUAUGGAGUCGCGCAACGCACAUUGCUCAGUGACGGUGACGUUCGAGUUAUUAAUCGACAUAAAGGGUUCAGUCCGAUCAUUUGGAUCAUGUCGUGGACACCCAAUUCCAUUUUUCACUGCAAAUCUGUUCCCGAUUUUGUGGGAUUCGUGGAAGAACGGCUGGAACGAGCUCAACAAUGUGCUGCCCCGCGAUGGUUCCCGAGCGGUCAGCGACAGCGAGAAGGAUUGUGGUGCACCGCUGAACCAAGGCCGACGGGAAUCCUCUGCUACUUCUCCUCUUCAUAUGGACUGCUGA